AUGGCAUCAAAUCGGGCAUUCGCUGGGCCGAUCCAAAGCCUGACACGGCUCUUCCAAGCUACUGUACCAAGCCGCGUCUGCGCAACUCUUGCUCCACAGCACCGAGCGUCAACCUCCCUCAGGGCCAUCCAGCCCGUGAUCCCCUUCCGCCUGGCUCACAACAUCCCCCGACCACGCAACUACGCCCCCAUCCGCGACGAAACAUCCUCUUCCGACCAACAACAACCAUCCGACAAACAAUCCCCCAAACCCGCCAUCCCAAACAUCCGCCAACAACCUCACUACGAACUGACCUUCACAUGCAAGCCCUGCGGCGAGCGCUCACGUCACCGGGUGUCCAAACAAGGCUACCACUACGGCUCGGUGCUGAUCGCAUGUCCGAAGUGUCGCAACCGCCACGUGAUCAGUGACCAUUUGCGCAUUUUUGGGGACACGGCGCGCACGGUCGAGGAUAUUCUGCGCGAGCGUGGGGAGCUGGUCAAGAAAGGGACGCUGGGUGAGGACGGGGAUAUCGAGUUCUGGGAGGAUGGGACCGCUACACCGAGGACACCGUUCCCGGAGCCGGAGAGGAAGCCCGUUAUUGAGGAUGACAAGCCGCCGGGGUGGUCGUUUAAGAGUGUGAAGGUUGGGGAGAAGCCGGAAGGUGAUAAGGCCGAAUAG